GUGCUGAAUCUGUGCCAACUUCCGUUACAUAUGAUGUGUGUAAAAGUGAGUUUUUAUGUUGUUUAUUUGGAGGAAAUGGUUGGAAUAAAUUAAGUUAUUUUUAUUUCAGUUGGUUGGAAUUUUUAUUCAAAAGUUUUCGGUCUAUACCAUUGAUAUUUACUGAAAAUACCUUCGCUUGAAUAAAUUGCAGAUAUUUGGCAACUGAAGUGUUAGGUAAGCCUAAAUGAUAUGUAAAAAGGUGGCAAAAGAAUCCAAGAUGAAGGCCGAGAAAUUUACCCUGCUGCGUCACUUUGACGGCAUGCCGCAGCCGUCUGAUUUCCAGCUGGAGUCUGAGGACCUUCCCGAACUGAAGGAGGGUGAGUUCCUCUGCGAGGCCGAGUUCCUCAGCGUUGACCCGUACAUGCGGCCCUACUCGAGGAAUUUGAAACCACCAGUGACCAUGAUCGGAUCGCAAGUGGCGCGGGUACUGGAGAGCAAGAGCGACAAGUUUCCUGUAGGCUGCCGGGUGGUCGGGAAGCUUGGCUGGCGCUCCCGCACCGUCGCCAGUGAGGACACACCUUCAUCCGUCUUCGGACUGAGGAAGCUUCCUGACCUGGGCGACCUUCCGACGUCAUAUGCUCUCGGCUCGUGCGGCAUGCCGGGCAAUACGGCCUACUUCGGCUUCCUGGAGAUCUGCAAGCCCAAGGAGGGCGAGACGGUGGUGGUGACGGGCGCGGCCGGCGCCGUUGGCAGCCUGGUCGGACAGAUCGCCAAGAUCAAGGGCUGCCGCGUGAUCGGCUUCGCGGGUACGGACGACAAGUGCGCCUGGAUCCGCCAGCUCGGCUUCGACGUGGCCAUCAACUACAAGACGUGCGCGGACAUCGACGCUGCCCUGAAGGAGGCCGCCCCGGACGGCGUGGACUGCUACUUCGAUAACGUCGGCGGAAUGCUCAGCUAUCAAAUCCGCAAACAGAUGAACGUUUAUGGUCGCAUUUCUGUUUGCGGCUGCAUAUCCAGCUACAACGAGAAGACUGGCGAGGAGGUGAAACUGGAAGUCCCCGAGAAGCUGAUUCUGUUCAAGCAGCUGAAGGUGGAAGGGUUUCUCGUAUACCGCUGGGAUGCGGACGACGAGUGGAACAAAGGAAUUGAACAGAUGGCGUCUUGGAUUCGCGAAGGCAAGAUCUCGGUUCAGGAGACGGUUACUGAAGGGUUCCAGAACAUGCCUCAAGCCUUCAUCGGCAUGCUGAACGGGGCCAACACGGGGAAAGCCAUAGUAAAGGUAUAGACUGCAAGUCUCCCGUUGUAUGACUGGCACUAUGUUGCACCUGUGUCUCCCCCGCUGUUUCCUUGCUGUGUCUUCUUGCUAAGAAGAAUAACGUGCUUCCAUAGACAGUGCAAGGCGAGGAAGUUGCUGGAUCUGUAGUGAAGUGACGGAGGACGUCACUAGCAUCUCAUAUUUGUCAGCAGAUUUCACCUCUAGAAUUUUAGUUGAACUAAUAUCAGUUCUGCUCCCUUAUGCGAGAAAGGUAUCUCGGGAUGCAAGCUUUGUUUACAUCGUAUCGUGCCAUGGAUCUUUUGCCAAGGGGUGGUCUCUCGAGGGUGAGUUAUUGAUGCGUGCUUGGGGAAAAUACAUGUUAUUGAAACUGUUUCAAA